AUGUUCGCCACUGCCAUCCGAUGCUCCAAAGCCUCUCGUCGCCCUCUAACUUCGAAGCAGGCGAACAAAGAUUUCUACAAAGGGACGAGACAGGCGUUUCUACCAGGUGGUCACCGCACAGGCGCACCUGGUGUACAUGUCAUUCGAGGGAAGGCGAAGUAUCGUCUUGUUGACGAAAAGGUCCGCGUUUUUGUCGCGCCACCAAUAGCGGAAAUCGAAUCAUCACCAUUGAAGCCGUAUGUAUCCACGCGAGUCAGGCUGACGAAGCCAGAAACUCGAGUGGUGUACGGAAAGCUACCCCCGCAAGGUGUUACUGGAGCGCAUCUACUAGAAGUUUCGCGGGCGCGUGCCGAAGCUGAAUCUUCGAGUGGACCAGGUUCAUUCCUUCCGUGGAGACGGUAG